UACACAUGAUAAUAAUGAGGAUUUUAUAGACCCAAAUAGAAUCUGGAAAAUGGUUUGGUUUAGCCAUUAGAUUAGAGAUUAGAGAUAGGAUUCGAAGGCCGAAGCUAAGCAGCAGCAACUACCAAACCAACCAUAUCAUUCGACUGACAGACAUUGUUUCAUCAAAUUCUUCAAAAUGAUAGCAUCACUGUCAAUUUCUGCUUCUUCUUCAACUUCAACCAUGUUGUUAUAUCCUAAACUAGGAACAACAACAUCAUGUGCAAUGUCACUGUCCACUACUUACACAACAACAACAACAACAACAACAACAACUUCAUAUUCAAAAUCCCAACAUCUAUAUCUCUAUUCAUUGCGUCAACGCCUUUUCUCACCUUGGACUGGUUUGAAGAAUCUGGGUUUCUUAACUAAACCCAAAAAACCAAUCUUUCAUAUCAUAGAUAGAAAGGGUCGGUGUAAGAGUAAGGUUGUUUAUGCUUCUCUUUUUGGGGUUGGAGCUCCUGAAGCUUUGGUAAUUGGGGUUGUUGCUUUGUUGGUUUUUGGUCCUAAAGGUCUUGCUGAGGUUGCUCGAAAUCUGGGAAAAACAUUGCGUGAAUUUCAACCCACCAUUAGAGAGAUUCAGGAUGUUUCAAGGGAAUUUAAGAGCACACUUGAACGGGAGAUUGGUAUUGAUGACAUUUCAAAACCAUUACAGAACACAUACUCUUCCGAUGUACGCAACACCACGCCAACUCCAUCAGCCACUGAAAUUACAAAUAAUUCUCAGACUGCUGUUGACCCUAACGGGAACGGAGAUCCUAGUAGAGCAUACAGUUCUGAGGAUUAUCUAAAGAUCACAGAGGAGCAGUUAAAGGCAGCUGCUGCACAACAGCAGGUGCAGACGCCCCCUCCUAAAGAAGCCGAAAUUGAGCAAGAAGUCCAGCCUCCUGUUAAUGAAACAGCUGCUACUCUGCCACCACCUCAGAAGCCAGAAAGUGAAUCGUUUCCUUCGGAUUCAUAGGAAGUACAAAGACACUUGCCCAAUUAUCAGUUCAUUACACAGAAUGUGGGCAACUAUUGGCAGAGGUGUAAUCAAUUUUGUUGGCUUUAUGGUCACUUAAAUUGUGUAAAAAGUAAAGAAAAUUAUUACCAUCUAGUGUGCUUAUAUUUAUUUUAUUGUAGUUAAUCACUUGUUAAA